AUGAUCAAGUCACGGCCACAGUCUAUGCCCAUCCAAGGCUACGCUAGCAAUGCGCCCUUCACUGGCAGGCGCAAGACAUCCAAGUCAGGCGCGUCUCCAUCUCAGGACGACAAGCCUGCUGCUGCUCCUUCUCCUGCUCGAAAGCGCAAUACCCUCGCUACAACGGCGCCCACUACUUCUCGAAGCAGCACCCAGGAAACGCGCCGGCCGUACACCUAUGCCGAGUUGCAGCAACAGCCCUUCUUCGCCAACAACGCAAUCAGCUACAGCACAACGCACAGCACCCUCGGCGCAUUGCUCGUUCAAGUUGCCCUCGAUACAUCUACACAGCGCGGCCUGUACGGCGCAGUCAUCUGUGCGGCCGGUGUUCGCUGCUAUGCACAACUCGACCCAACAGAUCCACAGGGCCACUUCAGAACCCUGCGUGAUCCACUGCUUCGUGGUGCUGCAGUCUUGUUGCAUGCAUAUACCUUGCACAUGCCAACACCACAGCGUCAGCGUGUCGCUCUCUCUCCUCGCGCAGACCGGGUCGCUGCUCGGCAUCUCGACUUGAGUGCAAGCAGUAUGUGUCGUAUUGCUGCUGGACUUGAACGCAUCAAACUCCCUCAAGUCUCUGCAUCCAUUGCUUCCUUCUUGGCUCCAACCAUCUCCAGGGCUAUUGAAGUUGAUCUCAUCUUGAAGCCCGGCAGUUCUUUAUCUACCGGACUCUUUCCUACACCACACCGCAAAGCGAGUACGGCCGCUGCGCUGGAAGCUGAACUCGCUCGCUUUCCACAGCCAGCCAAGCAGGAGAAUAGCGAGAAGCGUGGCAACUUGCUCAAUGAGCUCCUCACAACGGAACGCACCUACAAUGCGCGUCUCACUCAUUUGCUCAAAGAUUACGCCAUGCCCUUGCGUGCUGCUGCGCGUAAGGAGAAGGCCCUGCUCGGUGCAUACGAGGUCAACCUUCUCUUCCCCUCCGCACUCGAUGCCAUUUGCCUCCUGAAUGCCGAUUUCCUCAAGCAACUCGAAGCUGCUCAACACGACGACUAUGCCUUUGCACUCGCCCUCGUCAAUGGCUUUCGCGAUUUCCGCAAAGUCUAUGGCCGAUACCUCGAACUCUCUGCUGAUCUCGAUACCUGCCUGCGCCAGUCCCUCAAACUUGCCAAGUUUAAGGAUUGGUCAGACAGUGUUCGUAAUGAGGGCAAGCAACCGGUUGGUAUUCGCGAACUCGUCAAGGAACCCGUCUCCCGCAUUCCACGCUACGCACUCCUCAUCACCAGUUUGUUGGCAGUAUUGACACCUCAGAAUCCUGCGUAUGGCGUCUUCAAGGAAGCACUGACAUUGGUUCGUCGCAUUGGUCUUAUGGGCCGCGAAGAGGGUGCCUUGUCGCAGGAACAAGUCAUCAAGCUCUCCACCCUCGUUUCUAGCUGGCCCACUGAGCUCGUACGCAGUCACGUCGAGGUGCGUGCGUUGGUGGAUUGUUUGGAUGUCGUUCCUUGGCAAAAGAAAUCACCCACCAGUCAUACGGAUGGUACACCCUGUGCGCUUGUCUUGCUCGCUGAUAAGUUGGUCAUUCUCAAGCGAAGUCGUACGGCGCGCAUUGACGAUGUGCUUGCCUCAAAUCGCAAGGGAGAGCUGGGUUUUCGCGGAUGGAUUGCAUUGGACAAAGUCGCGUUGCUCGAUGAGGCAGAUACCCUGACACUCGUCUUGUCGGAGGAGAUGCAGCACGUCAAUUCAGAGCACUGGCUCGAUAGGCCUCUACGCAAAUUUGUGCUGCUCAAGAGUGAUGCCGUUCAAUUCUCAACGGCAUUGCGUGAGCUUAAAGAUGCACUCAAGACGUGUCCAGCCACGAGUGUCGAGGUGGUUGCUGGCCGUGAGUAUCGCUAUGCACGCUACAUGCCUGCAGACUGGCAAGCGGAGCAACCGGCACGCAAGCACGCCGUGCGCAUCUUUGAGGAUAUCGACGAUGGUGAUAUGCACUCUGUCAAUCUCGUCAUCUCCAAGGACAGUCAGACAUCUUACUCUGCUUGGACACGUCGUGGACCGUCACAGUCAUUGUUGUGCUCGGAUGUCUCUGCCGCAGACCUCAAGCAAGUCUUGUUUGAACGUCUCGACAGCCUCCAGCAGGCCAAUUGGCUCGACACGGAUUUCUACCCUGCCGAUGCGGUCUUCGCCAUCCACAGCAUGUUUGCAACAAGUCUUGCGUGUCUCCAAGCAUCGGGUGUCUUGCAGAAAUCUCGUCCCUCAUCGCCCACAAAGCUCAUGGCGAGUUUCCUGGGUCUGCGCAGUGAUCGUGAAGCGUCGCCUACACGACCUGCUACAGCGACUGCGGCAACUGCAACGGGUUUGCGUCGUCCCAAUACGGCAAUGCCAGCUGACAAGGAUCUCGCUGGUAUUGCUGCAUUUGUGGAAGCAUUGUCUGCCUUGGAACACUUCACGCGGGAUGACUUUACGCGUGCGUCAAGCAAAGAGAUGAAGGAGAUUGCAAGUUUGUCUGCUUUGAUUGCGAAAGAUCCCUCCAAGGCCUUUGCCAUUCGUGGUUCACCUGCCAAAAUUGCGGCACAAGCGUUUCAUCGUCAUUUGAAGCUGGUUGCAGCGAAAAAGGUCGGUGGGAGUGGCGUAUUGGUGCCUGAGCAGAGUUGUGCUGAAUGGCGCAGUGUCUUGACGUUAGACACAGAGUCACGCAUGGAUGCUGCUCGAAAGGCUAUGCAGCAUCUGCCUGCUGCUGCCCAAGACUUGCUGCGCACAUUGCUCAUGUAUGGCUCGCAUGUCUUGGCCUAUUGCGAUGACGAUGCUCGCGUGCCUUUCGUCUUGGUGCUCUCAGAGUUGCUGGUGCCAAGUCUACAUGUUACCAGCUUUGUUGCACCGCUCCAGUACCUGCUUGCUCAUGUCGACAUGCUCUACCGUCAGCCAGGCAACUUUGAUUCUGUGAGCAGUACCAUGACCAUGAUGCCCUCUCGUCCAGAAUCUCAGCGUGUGGCAACGGCGCUCAUGUCACCCAUGACGGAUGCACCACCCAAGCGUCCUGGCAACGUCCGCACCGAUUCUGCACCCGCUGGUAGUUCCAUCUACACACCUUUGCUCUCUCACUUCAGCUUGUCACCGGCCAAGGAUUCCUUCAACCAAACACCAGAACUCGUUGAAGAAUCAAGCAAUGCCGAUGAAAGCGAUCACAAGCGUUCACCGAGCUUGUCGUCAUUGAUGAGUUAUGCAGCGAGUGAUGUUGAGCCACGCUCGCAACGUCGGACACGCGCCUCGCAGCAUGAAGGCAUGCAGUUGCCGUACAGUUUGAUGCACGACAAGGCCUUGCCAGUGACGCCUUUAUUGGAUGAGUUGCUGCGUUCACCAUUGGGAACGCAUCAGUUUGAAGCGAGUCCACCCUUGACGGGCUAUGUCGAUGCCAAGCGCACAACACCCUUGACGAUGCGCAAGGUGUCUGCUUCGCAACCGCUCGGUGCUGCGUUUGAUCAGUCAAAGCAGGACGCCUACACUGCCUCUGAGGGACUCGGCUUGUUGUCUUCUCGCAAAGGUGCCUCGAUUCCUCGCUUACCCUCUACGCUGGUGCGUCGUCGCGAGUCACAGCCACUCAGCAAGCAAUUCUCGGGUCAUGCAUUCACGUUUGAUCUCGCUGGUGCUGACGAUGACCUAUCGGCCGCCAUCCAGUAUGCAAGUCAAGUCAACUUUGCCCGUUCAGUGACGCCACCUCGCGUGCUAGAGAGCAAAGCAGCGCAAGUCGCGGUGGAGGCGGUGGAAGAGGCAGUUGUGCAGGAAGCUGGUGUUCGCGCUGUUCGACGUGCAUCGCGUGACCAUGUUCAACGAGAACGACAGCUCAGCACGCUCAGUAUUCGCAGGCCUUCUGCUGCAUCCUCCAACACAUCGGAUGUCUUGUUUGCUCCCGUUCACUAUGGUCCUUCUGCAGGUCCUUCUGCAAGUCGAGUCUUGUCUGGCGAUCGCUCUGUCGUGUGUAUCCCUACACCUGUACAGGAAGAGCGCGAGUUUGUGACGCCGUUGCCGACACCGACGAUGGAGGAAGCCAUCACGGUGGUGGAGCGUGUUUCUAUUGAAACAACACCUGCGCUUGAAGCCGCUGAGACUGUUUUGGAGGAGGAGGAGGAGGAGAAAGAUGUCGCUUGCACGAGCGCUUGCCAGGAUCAUGUCGAGUUGCUGGGCCUUGAGCUGCAGCGGUACAAGGACCUCUAUCGCGACUGUUGCGAAGAGGUGGAUGUCACCAUUGAUUCUGCGAAUGAAGAGAUUGCUGCAUUGCGACAGGCUUAUGCGAGUGGAAGUGUUGAGCGAACUGCCUUGGCACAGCUUGAGCUGGAGAAGGCGGAGAAUGGCAAGCUUAGGCGGGAGUUGCAUGCAUUGAAGGAGCGCUUGGGAUGA